AAGUAAUUCGUUCACGCUAACUAAGAAAUGAUUUUAACAACACAACAAAAAUACUUGAAAGAAAACCUUCCGUAUAUAAAUAUCGUAGCCUUUUACAUGGAAUUUGGUUUUAAGAAUAGGGAAAUUGCUGAAGAGAAGUUUAAGGAAUCCAUCAUCAAAUUAAGUAGUUUUAUUUAUAAAUGAUUAGUGUUUGGACACGUCCAUGAUGGAUGAGUACUGGAUAACCACACAGCGACAAUCCAAUGAAGUAUCCAUCUUGAAACGAAAAGGGGAGACGAGUGCGGCCAAGGCUCAUCAGCCCAAAAAGAGAAACAAGGACGAAAAGUUGGCAUCUUCACUUGAUAAAGAAGGAAUUGUAGACUUCAGUAACACGGGCCCAUCAGGACAAUCGCAUGUCAUUGUUUGUAAUGAUAGUCAAGGUGUAGAGGUAUUAAGUGCUUCGUAUGAAUUAAAAGAUGAAUUUAAGAAGGCAAUUUUGAAAACCUUUAAAAAUUCGGAUCACAUUAAUAUCCAAUAUCGCAAAACUCUUGACUACCAGAUGAACGCAUCAUCUGAGGACUUGUUUUUCUAUAAGAUACUGUCCCAUUUGAUUGAAGCCCAUCAGAUCAAUAGCCAUAUUUUCGACAUUGAAGAACAAAGGCUCUUGAGUGAAAAGGACUUUGAUCACAAAAUAUAUGCUCGACUUCUGGAAUUACUCUUCUCAGACCGAAUCGACAUAAAAAUCAGAAGUGGGGAAACAAAAAUGGACAAUUAUAAGCUUGAUUAUCGUAUUGGCUUUUACCAUAAAAGUUCAUUCAUUGAUGUAUCCAACAUCGAAGUCGGUAAAGCUGCCACUGUCACUAAAGUAAAGGACGACCAUUUUAAACUGAUUCUGGAAGCAAAGACCAUCUUUAAAAAUAUCAUCGACAAUUUUAGUUUCAUUAAUCCAGUAAAUAUCAAGGUUUAUUCUCUUCAGUUCUGUGGAUUGAAAGGAGACUGCUUGCGCUCUACAAUGAUUAAACCUAAGUCUAUGGUUGUUUUCCGAAUCAAUGACAGACUAAGAAUUCCGUUAAGCCGUUCCGAUAGCAAUCGAGCAGAUGACUUGCUACGCUCGUUAUUGUAUUACAAGGCUGAAAUCGAGCAGACUGUCGAUACGAUUAGCACAUGUAUAAAGGAAAAUAAUGAUCGGUGCCUGUCAUUUAAAAGGGCUCUUGGUAGGAAGAAAAAAGUGACUCACACGUAUGAAGAAUGGGUCGAUUGGGAUGGCAAUUAAAAAACGGGCAUAUGUUAAAAAAAAAAUAUUGUUAAAAAAAUUUUGUGCGUCUUAUUAUUAUCAGAAGAUUUUAUAUUUGGGGACCUGUGCUCAAAUGUCUUGCCACAUUAAGCAAAUUUAUUGUAUCCAUCAAGCUAAUUCAUUGUAUCCACCAAGCAAACUCAUUGUAUCCACCAAGCAAAUUCAUUGUAUCCAUCCUCGUAAUUGCGCCAAGAACUUGUUGCAUUCAGAUGGUACACAAUCUAUGUUGACUGCUUUAAAGAGCUUGAGUGGGAAGAUAAUGG